GUUUCAUCAUUUGCAUAGAAAUUUAUUAUUAUUCAAUUGUGUAAUGGUUACAAAAUAACAUUUUUGACUUUUUUACUAAUAAUCCGCAAAAUAAUACGUAAAAUCAAUAUAGAGAGCAGUACAAAAUACAGGUUAGGAUAUGGAGUUUUUUAUCGGUGGUGCUGCUGCAGUGGGUGCUGGGUUCUUUACAAAUCCUUUGGAAGUGUUAAAAACUCGGAUGCAGUUACAAGGUGAACUAAGGGCCAAGGGACAACACGCGGUAUAUUAUAAAAAUGUACUUCAUGCUGGUUACAUAGUGGCCAAGAACGAUGGGAUUUUGGCCCUUCAGAAGGGAUUAGUACCUGCUCUUUGGGUACAACUGGUUUUAAAUGGAAUGCGAUUAGGAUUUUAUAAAUUUGCCGAUUCGAGAGGUUACGUAAGAGACAAGGAGGGGAAUAUAGUGUUUUACAAAAGUGUACUGAUCGGUGGCUUAGGUGGAAUUUUGGGUCAAUAUUUCUCUAGUCCCUUAUUUUUAAUUAAAACCCAUCUCCAGUCUCAAUCUGUUGCAGCUAUUGCAGUUGGACAUCAACAUCAACAUAAAGGAACCGUGAAAGCAUUAAAGAAUAUCUAUUUACAAAAUGGAGUAAAAGGACUUUUUCGCGGGGCUGUGGCAUCGAUACCAAGAGCCUUCUUUGGCUCGAUUUCUCAAUUAAGUUCUUUCGAAUAUGCUAAACAAUUUUUAUAUACAUACGAAUAUUUUACGGAUAAACCUCUUUUGACGUCUUUCUUAGGUAGCAUGGUUGGAGGAGUAGCAAUUAGUGUUGUAAUGACUCCUUUUGAUCUCAUAUUGACUAGGCUAUAUAAUCAACCAACCGAUGCCAGUGGCAAAGGAAAACUGUAUCACAGUUACAUGGACUGUGUGGCGAAAAUCUACAAAGCUGAGGGAUUGUCAGCUUUUUACAAAGGUGUAGGUCCGAUGUACCUCAGAUUGGGGCCUCAUACCGUACUGUGUCUGGUUUUCUGGGAUGAAUUGCAAGCACUUUACGACAAAUAUGUUCCUAGGCAAAAAAUUACCGAAUAGCUAAUUGUUAAAUGAGAAAUAGUAUUAAAUAUGAGUUAUAGUUUUUAAACAAAGUUUUCUAUACAGUUAAGUUUAGUUCAAAAUGUUGAAAAACAUUAACUUAAAUCAAUUUAUACAGGAUAUUCAGUAACUACGGGUAUGAGCAUAUACUUAAAGAGAUGAUUCUACUCUUAAAAGUAAUGCAUUUUUUUCUCGGAAAUAGUCAGCGGUCAGUGUUAUCGACUUGGAACAAGAGGACACUUAGUAAGAUUUUUUAAGAAUUUUUAACACUUGUUAUUAAGUUUUAUUUAAUACCGCCAAUACUAAAUCAAUUUUAUUUACAAUAAGGGUCAUUUAAGCCCUUUAGAGAUUAGAAUGUUCAUAAUUUUUUUUUCAUAGGUGCAGUGUAUUAUCAAUAUCUAAUAAAUAUACCAUACCAAAAAUUAA